AUGAAAAUAUUAUCUGGAAGUAAUAACGUGCUAUCAAACUUUAGGAAAUCAAGAUAUAAAUUAUCAUCAAAAGCAAGGCAAUUAAAUUUAUUAUCCAUUACUGAGGCCAAUAAACUCUUAAGAGAAAAAAAAUUAUUACCAACAACGUUAGUUCAAGAUUGUUUAUCACGUUUAAAGAAAUAUAAUGCUCAAGUGAAUGCGUUUAUAGAGGUACAAAAGGAAGAAGUGAUAUUGCAAAAAGCAAGAGAAGCAGAAAAUAGAAUUAAUGAAGGAAUAAAUAAUAAGUCAUUAGAUGGAAUACCUAUAGCAUAUAAAGAUAAUUUUUGUACUCAAGAUUUAACCACUACUUGUGGAUCAAACAUGUUAAGAAAUUUCACAUCACCAUUUAAUGCUACAGUUGUGGAAUUACUUCGAGAUGCUGGAUCCAUAAUUAUUGGAAAAACGAAUAUGGAUGAAUAUGGAAUGGGUGCAUUUGGACCAGUAUAUAAUCCACAUAAGAUAAUAUCAGAUCAAGAAUCAAAUAUUGAUAAAUAUGAAAAACGUGUUGCUGGUGGAAGUUCUGGUGGAAGUGCUGCUGCAGUGGCAUCCGGAAUGUGUUUUGCGGCACUUGGAUCGGAUACUGGAGGAUCAGUUCGUCUUCCUGCUUCAUAUUGUGGUGUAAUAGGAUUUAAACCUUCCUAUGGUUUAUGUUCUAGAUGGGGUUUAAUUGCUUAUGCCAAUUCCUUUGACACUGAUUCAACUUCACUUUCUCCAAAAUUACGUGCAUUUAAUUCUUUAAUAUCUCGUAAUUCCCCAUUAAAUAAGAAUAAUCCUUUAGAUCUUGGUGGAUUACGUGUUGGUGUACCCAAAGAAUAUAUGGUUUCAGAAUUAAGUGAACCAAUUAUAAAAUUAUGGAGAAAAGGGAUUUCAUUUCUUAAAUCUCAAGGAGCAAAAAUAAUUUCGGUAUCAUGUCAAAAUACAAAAUAUGCAUUAUCCACUUAUUAUAUUUUAGCACCAGCUGAAGCUUCAUCAAAUUUAGCACGUUAUGAUGGAGUUCGAUAUGGAUAUCAAAGUGAAAAGGAUUCAUCUCAAUUAAUUAAUGAUAAUGAUAAUGAUAAUGAAGAUACUGGAUUACUUUAUGCAAAUACACGUGAUGAAGGGUUUGGUAUAGAGGUUAAAAGAAGAAUAAUGCUAGGAACCUUCACAUUAACUACUGGGUCAUAUGAAAAUUAUUAUCUUCGAGCUCAAAAAAUUCGUAAAUUAAUUCAAUUAGAUUUUAAUAAAGUAUUUCAAGGAGUAGAUGUUUUAAUUACACCUGUAACAAUUUCUAUUUCACCAAAAAUUUCUGAUUAUAACAAUGAUAAUUUUUUGAAUUUUUAUGUAAAUGAUAUAUUUACUAUUCCUGCAAAUUUAGUGGGAAUUCCAGCAAUUAGUAUUCCUUUUGGAAAAUUACAUGAUUAUCCUAUUGGAUUACAAUUAAUGUCACAAUAUGGUGAUGAUUUGACUUUAUUCAAAGUAGCAAAAAUAUUAGAACAAAUGUAA